UGCAGGGGGGCACGGGGACAGAGCCGUGGAGGGCUCAGGAGCACCCUGAGACCCCCCAUGACCCCCACCCUCGGGGGGACAGCAGGGGUGAGCCCCCCGCACCCCACAGGGCCUGAGGGCAUUGGUGUGAGGGCCUGGGAGCCCCGUCCAGCCCGGGCUGCCCCCGUGUUUGUGUUCCCACCUCCCGAGCAGCCCCUGCUGUGCCCUGCGGACAGGGGUGGCACCUGCAGGGCACUGAGGGGAGCCCACAUCUCUGGGGCCCUGGGCAGUGGCCGUGCUGGGAACACGCACUGGGAAGUGGGCUGGGCACAGGUGGGCACGGACACACUUGUCACAGAUGUCCCACACACACACAGGUGCCACACACAGGUGUCACACACAUACCACAAAUACACGUUUGUGGCACACAGGAUCCCAGGACAGUGUGAGGGGGAAGGGCCCUGUGGUGAUGCCCCCGCUCAGCUCCUGCCCAGGCAGGGUCACCUGGAGCAGGUGGCGCUUGUCCAGGUGGGUUAGGCUGUCUCUGUGGAGGGACACCCCUCACCCUCCUGGGCGGCUGUCCCAGGGCUUGGCCUUCCCACGAUGGAGGCAGCUUGUGCCUCGUGCUGAGCUGGGACUGUCGGAGCCCAGGGCCUGACUCCUCAUCCUUCGCUGGGCAGGACGGGGCUGGGCCUGGCACCAUCCUCAUCACCUGGGGAGGCCUCAGAUGUUUGCAUGGAUUGGUGCCAUCCCCUCAGGUGAGGGAUUAGUGUGGACGUGUGAGCAGCAGUCCAAAGCUCCACGUGGACUCGGGAGCCCUGGCAGCCCAUCGGGCACAGAGGGGGAAUUGCCAGGAGCAGGGGGAGAUGGAAAUGGCUCCCAGCUGUGCAGGUGACCCAGAGCGUGGUGGCUGGGGCACACAAGUGGACGCGGAGCAGCAGGACAUGGCGUGGUGGUGGCCCAAGCAGCAGGAUUUGCAGGAGGGCACAGCCACCCUCCUGACCCUUGAGGUGUGCUCCUCUCAGGUGGGGAUUAUUUUUUUCACUUGUCCAAUUUGAUUGGACCCAGCAGUAGUUCACACACUGAUAAAAGCCGUUGCUGGCAGGAGUGGGGAGAAGCAGACAGAGCUCCCCAAGAAAGCCUGGGAUGCAGGGGGUGUCUGAGCCUACUGUUACUGCUGGAGCACAGUGAGACAGCACUGCGUGUGGUGUGAGCAGCUGGGGCAUCUCACAGGGGAGGCGGGGAGGCUGAAGAUCCUCAAGGAUUGUCAAGAGAAACAGACUGGUGGAGUUGCACCUUCCAUCCAGGAGAGAAAUGCAAUGCAUGAAAGCUCAGCAACAGUCAGAGUUGCCCUGACCCUCUUGCCUUCAGGCAGGAGGAGACCUAAAAGGGGAGCAUGGAAACAGGUCCCUGCUUAGGGAGGUAGCAGAAUCCCCCCGGCUUCCCUCGCCUUCCCAGGUGCCCUUACAGAACCCAUAUGAGGUCCUGGAUUUUGAGGGUCAGACAGUUGAGAGUGCAGCAGAAAGUCUGCUUGGUGGGUGCCCCAGAUCCGUGCAGUCAGUCAGACAGAUCACAGCUACAGUUAUUAAGGAAAAAAGGAAGGGCAGUUUUGUGUGUGAUUCACUUUGAGGGGGGCUGAGGAGCUGUGUUCCAACCAGACCCAUCCCACAGGGAAGUCCGAGGCCUCCCUGAGGCCCAGGCAGGGGACACUGCUGAGAGACUCCCUGCACUAAUUCAGCCCACCAGUGACUGUGGUCACAGGGGUUUUCAGGGUGAGAGAGAGAUGAAAAUGUUGAAUCUGUGAUCAGAAGGCUUGAUUUAUUAUUUUAUGAUAUAUAUAUAACAUUAUGACUAUACUAAAAGGAAUAGAAGAAAAGUGCUCAGAAGGCUAGCUAAGCUAAGAAUAAGAACGAUAACAAAGGAGCUCUCUCAGACUCUGUCCGAGAUAGCUCAGUUUUUGAUUGACCAUUAAUUGUAAACGUUUAAGAUGGGCCAAUCACAGGUGGACUUGUUGCAUUCCACAGCAGCAGAUAAGAAUUGUUUACAUUUGUUGCUGAAACUUCUCAGCUCUAACAGGAAAAAUCCUAAGAUAGAAUUUUAAUGAAAAGAUGUCUGCGACAGCUGCCCACUGCUCAUUGUCCUGAUGAGAGAAGUACCAGGGUGACAGAAAAGGACUUUGGUGCACUGGGUUGCCUGGUUGAAGGGACAAGAGCACAAGGUACAAGAGAUGGUGGUCUUGAUUCCUUUGGUAGUCGGGAUGAAUGCCAAAAUGAACAAGAAAGCUAACGGGAGCAAAAAGUAGCUUAAAGACUGGUGCCAUUGGUGGAAUUUUGGGUUUUUUGAACAUGAGGUAGUAUGUAUAGCACCAGGCUGGAGAUAGAUGGGUUCACCUCUAGAAGAGAAGAGGCAAAAGGGUUCCAACCUGUGGAUUGGCAGGCUGAUUGAGAGGGCUUUAAACUAGAUCUGAGGGGAGAGGGGGAUGAGAGCACAGUCACUAGAGAUGAAGCUGGGGGCAGCAGGCCAGUGCGGGGCAGAAAUUGACAGCACAGCUAAAGUGCAUCUACACCAAUGCAGCAGUGUGGGCACCACAGGAGGACCUGGAGGCUGUGGUGCAGCAGCAAAGCUCUGAUCUAGUUGCUGUCAUGGAACUGUGAUGACUCCAUGACUGGAAUGCUGCAAUGGAUGGCUCCAAGCUCAUUAGAAGGGACAGGUGAGGCAGGAGAGGUGGUGUGAUGACUCUGUACCUUAGGGAGGGUUUUGGCUGUCUGGAGCUUAGUAAUGAAAAGGAUGAAUGGUUGUGGUGAAAAUCAAGGGGAAGGCUGGCAAGGCAGAUAUCCUGGUGGGGGUCUGUUCUAGACCUCCCAACCAGGAUGAAGAGGCAGAUGAAUUAUUCUAUAAAGUGCUGGCUGAUGUUUCGUGGUUGCCGGUCCUUGUUUUUGUGGAGGUCUUUAACCUGCUGGAUGUCUGCUGGAAGAAACCCAGUGGAGAGAAGACAGUCUGAGAGGCUCCUGGAAUGUGUGGAAGAGAACUUCUGGCUCAGUAGCUGAGCAGCCCACCUAGGGUGGGGCCCUGCUGGACCUGCUGUUUGCAGACUGAGAGGGGCUGCUGGAAGAUGUGGUGGUUGGAGCCAUCUUGGGCACAGUGACCCUGAAAUGAAGGAGUUUCAGUCCUUGGCGAAGUAACAAGGUGUGUCAACAAAACCUCUACACUGUCAGAGGGUGAAUGUCAGCCAGUUUGGGACACUGAUUUGGACAGUCCCUUGGGAAGCAGCCCUUAAAAACAAAGGGUCCAGGAAGGCUGGGCAUACAUCGAGAAGGAAAGCUUUAAGGUGCAGGAGCAGCUUGUCCCCAUGUGCCUAAAAAUGAGCUGGUGGGGAAGAAGGGAUUGUCCCCCUAACCUUGGCAUUGGUGAGGCCACACCUCAAGUCCUGUGUCCAGUUCUCAGCCCCUCAGUUCAAGAAGGACAUGGAGGGGCUGGAGUGUGUCCAGAGAAGGCAACGUAAUAGGGAGGGCCUAGAGGGUGAAUCCUCUGAGGAGCAGCUGAAGGAGCUGGAGAGGCUCAGCCUGGAGAAAAGGAGGCUCAGGGGAAACCUUCUCAUUCUCCAGAACUCCCUGACAGGAGAUCAGAGCCAGGGGAGGCCCAGCCCUGGAGCGGACUCAAGUUAUGCCAGAAGAGGUUCAGGGUGGACGUCAAGAAAAAUUUCUUCAUGGAAAGGUGGUCAGGCAUUGGAAGGAGCUGCCCCGCAGAGUCCGAGUCCCUGGAGGUGUCCAAGAAAUUAUGGAGGAAAAAAUGUAAACCUUCAUUUCUCAAGAGGGACGUGCGGGCUCCGGCCCAUGGCCUCUGACCACAGCUCUGCUGCUCUUGACUACAACUCCGUGGUUUCUGCUGCUGGCACGUCCCGUGAGGGUGGCACCAGUGUCCAGCCUGGGGCCUGGCCCGGCAUCGUCAGCAUCCAGGCCACCUGGGAGAACGGCACGUGGCACAUGUGCACGGGUGUCCUCCUCAGCUCCCAGUGGGUGCUCACGGUGGCACACUGCUUCGCCAGGGCCGGGGGCAUCUCCACGUGGGACGUGGUGAUCGGGGCCACAGAUCUGACUCAGAUGGGCCCUGAGGCUCUGGUGAGACGCAUCCAGAGGCUCCUGGUGCACCAGCACUACGUGGCUGCCACGGCCAGGAACGACAUCGCCCUGGUGGAGCUGGACCAGCCCGUGGAGUGCAGCGACUACAUCCAGCUGGGCUGUGUGCCCGACCCCUCACUCAGGGUCUCGGAGCUGAAAUCCUGCUACAUCGCCGGCUGGAACUUUGCCAGAGCUCAGGGAGCAGCCAUGGUGCUGCAGGAGUCCAAGGUUCACCUCAUGGACACUGAGCUCUGCAACAGCAGCCCAUGGUAUGCAGGGGCUGUUCAUGCUGACAACCUGUGUGCUGGGUACCCACAGGGCGGCAUCGACACCUGCCAGGGGGACAGCGGGGGUCCCCUCGUCUGCAAGGACAAUGCAGCUGACUACUACUGGCUGGUGGGAUUGAACAGCUGGGGAAGAGGCUGUGACAGAGCCAGGCACCCCGGCAUCUACACCUCCACUCAGCACUUCUACAACUGGAUCCUGCUCCAGACGGGCCUGAGCCCAGCAGAAAGAGCUGGUCCAGCACCGGAGCCACCUGUCACCUCGGCCCCCGAGGAGGAGCCUGAGGAACCAGAGGAACCAGAGGAACCAGAGGAAGAGAUCAACUUGACCCCUGAGUACAACGAGAAACCAGCAGUGACAUCCUCGGGCACGUCACUGCCCAUGGCAUUCCCACACCAGAUCCUGGUGCAAUUCUGGAAUCUGGUGCAGGAGUUCCUGCAGUUUUAGAAGGACAAAAAAGCCUGAGCAGGAUCCAGGGCUACAGUGGAUCACGGCAGCUCCAAGGCAGCCUCGGGGCCAGAGGCUUCUCUGUCCUGCCCACGCUGCUGCGCUGCAGCCACAGCGAUGCUGACGUGACUGAGGUGUUGAAGUAAAGUUUCUGUGUUCACCAUUA